UGUUUCCUUGUCUGUUCUCCAGGAGCCCUGGGUGGGACCAGGCACCUUUGCUGGUACUGUAACAGCUAUGAGAGUGCAGUGCUGUGAUGCUGUGGUGCAUCACCGGUGUUUAGGUGCAGGAAGAGAAGGUGUAGGUGAGGCAGUUGCGGUUGCCCCACUGGUGCUCAAGUGGCUCUGCUCUACACAAACUGGUGGUCAGCUCAGGGUUGGCAAAAUCCAUGCAGACAUUCAGGAUCUUGCAGAGAUUAAAUGGGGGCGGUCAGUGUAAGUUACAGAUCAGUGAAAUCCUCAUUGCUGUUCCAGUUCUCAGCAGCAUCCUUAAUAGUAGGAAAAUGAUGUGUUUUGUGUUAAGAUAAGUGAUCUUUGGUUUGUCGAUAAAGUUAUGCAUUCGGUAUUUCAUAGAAAGUAGGGUUGAAAAACAACUGUAGUAAUUGAAAGAUGUACGUACAUGCAUAGUAAGGAUAUAAACCUGCGUUUUCUUUUUCACUUACCUAAGCGCCAGCCAGCAGAGGGUGCACAGGUUAACUGGGAAGCCUCAGUUAUGAGCUGUGUUUGUCACUGAUGGCUUCCUCUUGACAGUAACCUUGCAAGUAGAUGAGUUCAAUAAAUCAGUUUUCUGUUAUAUUCUGAUGGGUAUGUAAGAAAAGAUGUGUUGAAUUAUCUCAGGAGAAAAGGGGAAAAACAGAGAAUAUGGGGGGGGAGAGGGCAGUAAAGGACUGUGCAGAAUACUUACAUAUUUAAAUGCAAUACAAAAUGUCCUUACAAACAUUCUGAUAUGUGGGAAAACAGUUUGUCUGUAAAGUCAAAAAAAUGGGUUUUUGCAGGAUCUUCGUUUCAGUGAUUAAGAAAUUUGUAUUGAGCGCACAGUAUCUUCCUAACUUCAAGUUUAUAGUUAUGUGAUCUCUGAGCGUGCCUUUAGUAGGUGAAGUAGCAGAACAAUAAAAUCUGAAAAUCAAAUUAUAAAUAGAUUUAACGCAAAAUGGAAAUUCCUUUCAAAAAAUGAUGCUAGGAUAUAAAAAAAUAUUUUUACCUUCAGCUAGAAUGAAAGUAUUUUUCACAAAUUGAGGUAUAUUUUGCAGUUAAAAUUCCUUACUGAAGCUUUAUUUUAAAGUCAGAAUAGUCUUUGAUAGUGGAGCCAGAGCAUCUACAUCAUACACUGAAAUGAUACUGUUUCAACAGAACAUUUGUCCUGUAUAUAUUGUUUUGACUAGGACAAAUGUUUUGUUGAAACUGUGUGUGUGUAUAUCUAUAUAUACACACUAUACUGAAUAUGAAACUGUAUAUAUAUUAAAUACAUAUACAUGCAUAUAUAUAUAUGUGUGUGUGUGUUAAUAAAAUCACUACAUUUGGGGGACAAACUUCUGUAAGAAUUUUUUAUCCCCUGGCAUGCCAAGUAAAAGAAGAAAUAGGAGCUCAAGUUACUUUAGAAUGGGGCUGAUUACAUUAGUCACCUCCAGCGAUUUACGAAUUGAGUUCCAUAUGUUCACACAUACAAUUAAUUUAGAUAAAACACUUUUGUUAGUUGUUUCAUGUUCAUGACAUUCACAUUGAUUAAAGCAAAUAAAAUACAUCUAUAUUUCUGAAGUAACCAUUUAUUUCUUUGUUGUUGGCUGUACAUGUAUCUGAUCUUGCAGUUGCCAUUAUUUUAUCUUCAUCUGCGUUUUUAAACUGUUUUCAUUACCUUAGAAACAUAUUGUAUGGGAACUGCUGAGUCACGGCCUGAACCUCUGAUUGAUCACCUGAGGCGAGCCAUGAGUCAGCCAGAGGAGCACAGGUGAAGGCAAUUCACCUGUGCUGCAGGAAGGGUGGAGCCAGGCUCCACCCCUCCUAGACUUAUUUAAGAGCUGGCUCCCAGGGGGGAAGGGUCUUUUCUGGAGAUCACCUCUCUUGGUGUUUUGUGGUGAGCCUAGCUGAAGGAUGUCUGAACAAAAUGAAUUUCAUUACAAGGCUUUCUGCUUUGUGUCUGAGAAAAAAAAGCAAUAUGCAGCAAAGGCACCAGAGAAGUCGGCGGCCAGCUGUUCCACUUGGAUCACGGAUUUUAACUGACCCUUCGAAAGUUUUUGAGCAUAACAUGUGGGACCACAUGCAGUGGUCAAAGGAAGAGGAGGAGCAUGCCAAGGAAAAAGCAGCAGAGAACUCGCUUGUGAAAGUCCAAUUGGAAGAACAAGGACAAGGCAUUCUGCCACCUCCUUGCCACUUCCCACUGCCUGUCUGUGCCUCUAGUGAUAAUUCUCAGCCUUGUUUAUUUCUGAAAAGCUGUAGUGAUCCAGGAAAUGAUAAGUAUGAGAGAGAAGCCAGUAAAUACUGGAAUGAAUUUUACAAGACUCACAAAAAUAACUUCUUCAAAGAUCGCAAUUGGUUGUUCUUGGAAUUUCCAGAAAUCCUUCCAGAAAAAAUGAGAGAACAGUUGAAAAUAGAGGAAAGACCUUCAGAACACACAAAAAUAAAUAUUACCAACAGUUUUUCACAUGAGAAAGAAACGUUUGAGGAAAGAGAAAAGUAUUGGAAGAAAAAUACUGGAGAUGAAUCCACUUCUGAAAAAGGAUAUGUGUAUAAUAAAAAACAAUCAAAAUCGAUUGCUGACAGCCCUCAGGGUAAAAACCACGAGGAAGAAGUUAAUAUGCAGGAAUCCUUCCCUGGUGGCGGUGCCACUUACAGAAUAUUAGAGGUUGGUUGUGGUGCUGGCAAUAGCGUAUUUCCUAUUUUGAAAGUUCUAUGCAGUGCACCUGGAACCUUUCUGUACUGUUGUGAUUUUGCUUCAGGAGCAGUGGAGCUCGUAAAGUCACAUUCGUCCUACAAUUCAGCCUGGUGUUCUGCCUUUGUUCAUGAUGUGUGUGAUGAUGCUUUACCCUAUCCUUUUCCAGAUGAGAUCCUGGAUGUCAUUCUCCUUGUCUUUGUGCUCUCAACUAUUCAUCCUGACAGGAUGCAACAGGUUGUAAAUAGAUUGGUUAAACUACUGAAACCUGGAGGGAUGCUGUUAUUUCGAGACUAUGGAAGAUACGAUACAGCUCAACUUCGUUUUAAAAAAGGUCAUUGCUUGUCAGAAAAUUUUUAUGUACGAGGAGAUGGAACCAGAGUAUAUUUCUUUACCAAAGAAGAGGUACGGAACAUGUUCAGUUCGGCUGGAUUAACUGAAGUACAAAAUUUAGUUGAUCGUCGAUUACAAGUAAAUAGGAAAAAAAAAGUGAAAAUGCAGCGAGUUUGGGUACAAGGCAAAUUCCAAAAACCAUUGCUGCUAUCUCUUAAUAAUCCUGAAGAAACCACCAGUAGGCAUCCUUAUGGAUAACUGUACUGUUAACUUAAGAAAAAGAAACAGAUCUGACAAAACCGAGGCAGGUGGUUGUGCAAUAUCUACAAAUCCACCAAAUCUGAAGAGGACAAAGAAAAUGCAGGGCAGGCAAGGAAACAGCUGGAGCUCUAGACACAGGUUUCUUCUUGUACUGGAAACCGUUUUGUUUCUGUUCUGUGUUUGGGUUGCAUCUCUGCUAUCUGCAGAUUCUACUGUUUUAUGAUGACAAAAAAACCUGUAACAGAUUAUCCUGAAAUUCAUAUUAAAACAUAUACCAAAUACCAAUGGAGUCAAUUAACAUAAAUUUUUCUACUACACUUUGAUUUGUGAUGUGGUCUUCAUUCUCUUCUCUGGUGUGCUCUUUGUUAUAUUGACAUAUCCUUCAUUUCCUCUUUUUCUUGUUUGUGGUAGGCAGUUGUUUCCACAGGAGAGUUUUAUCUCCUGUACAGAACGGAGUGUUUUUCUGUAUGAAUGCAGUGAGUAGUGUAGAUGCUCAGCUGGUGCAGCAGUACUGGUUGCUUUUUAUUAGUUUAAACUAAAAUACGCCUUAGUCUAUGGCAGCAAUAACAGUAGAUGUUCUUGCAUCAACUAUACUUCUGUCAAAUGGGUAG